UGAAAAUGGUGUUGAUCAACCCACAAAUCUCUUCAUUUCAUGGUGCUUUGUUCAGUAGACAUCAUUCAACUUUGUGAGUGCUGUAACACAACAUGUGGACUGCCUUGUGCCGGUGGUUACUCAUCAUUUUUAACAUCAUUUUGGCAUUACUUUGUGCAGGUAUAAUUGUCUUUGCUGGAUUCCUGCUACAUGGAGGGUCGGUUGUACGUCAGCUAUGGUACCUAGGGAUGAACUGGUUGAUGCAUGACCUGAAGGAGGAUGUGCCGAAAUAUUUAAGUGGACUGGAAGAUUUACUCAAGAUAUCUACCGUAAACACUGCGAUCGGUAUGAUAGUCGCCGCUUCAUUGUUGCUGAUUAUAAGCGUAGUUGGCAUUUUCGCAGCAAUUUUCGCUCACAAGCGUACCCUUAUUUCUUAUACAAUCAUCGUGACUGUGUUGGCCUUGGGCCACGUCGCAGCUGUCGUAUGGUUCGACUUGGACCAAUUUAAGACAGGGGGUUUCCUAGGACGAUUGGUCCGAUCGUGGAUGGAGGCAUUCGCAUCUGAGGAGCGUGGAAUGCCGGAAGAUCGGAUGGCUGCCCUUCUAAUGCAAAAAUUAAGGUGUUGCGGAUAUCAAAAUGGAUCUGACUUUCAAAAAUCAAAGGCCUUCACAAAAAGAGAUACUGUAGCUGGUAUCCCAAUGACUGGUAAGUCCAGUUCAAAUGCGGUCAAACGGACUGAUGAGCUUGAUUCAUUUGGCAAUCCAACUGAAUCGUCUACCGACAUCCGGCGCCGAUCAGUAGCGCGGAACUGAAUAUGAAGGCGAAAAAACGUGGUCUUCUUUGAUCACAUUGCAAUCUCAGUCCGGCCUCGCGAGGCCUUGAAACCCAUCAAUCACCCGCCUUGUUUGUGCCAAAGAUAUUUUUACCGUCUGCGCCCACAACGCGCGUCAUCCUUUUCACACCCAAUUUUUGUCCCACCUCUCCCCCAUCCUUGUAGCACUAUUUUUAUCUCCCUUUCCCAUUGUGUAUACCUGCCCCCUCAUGUCUAUUUAUUGCGAUAUCUUGCCUCGCAAACAGGAAAACUGAAUUUUUUCGAAUGUUGCGCGAGAAGGUGGUAUCCCUUUAGUUACUCAUCCCGCAACUGGUUUGGAUGGUUGCGCACGACUCGCGUAAUCACUUCGUUCUCCACUUACCUCUUCCGCGUCGAAUCCCAUCCACACACACAUCUGACCUGUAAUCUGUUCGUCCCUUCAUCCUCGCGCAGUGAUCGUUAGCAUUCACUGUACACCUAAUUCAGAUAUAUCGUGCUUUUCUCGAU